CUUGAUGUCAAUUAUUUUGACACAGUCAAGGCAAAUUUCGCACCGAACGUUCAGUUGUCUGACAGAAGAACCUUAUUUCAACCAGUACAGGCUGAAGCAGUUCAAGUUUGGAAAUGUGCCCCAUUGGCCUAGGUGUCAUCAAGCAGUGAUCAUCAUGCCACCCUCCAAGGUAAACCUGCGAGUUACUCGUUCCACAAGUGCCAGUAGAAGUAAAGUUGUGAGAAAUAAAAAAGUUCCACACAAACACCCCGGUAAGGCUAAUCACGCACCGAGUCCUGGGUGGGUGUCAGGCCAUGCAGACCUUUUCCAGGUGCCACUCUCUCCAAGGAGACCAAACACCAGAAGGUCAUCUAUGUACCAGAAAGUAUCCAGUCCGUCCAGGUACAAGAAUGCCAAGAUUCCAGGAUUCAACUGUCGACAUGUCAGGCAGGCUAAAAACUCGACUUACACUUCUCCUAGCCACCAAGGUGUGAUGACACGGUCACGGAGAUCAUCAAUGUUUCUGGCCAACGCCACGCCCUUGUUUCUGACCCCUAUGUCGCCAAAGCCUGCCAGUGAGAAUGUACAGCCGCUGCGCUCUGGCAGCAAGAAAAGUGUCAAAGGCUCUACCUCCUCCAAAACAUCCAAGUUGUCCAAAACAACUAUCUCCUCGUCCAAAACAACUAUCUCCUCCAAAGUUUCUUUGUCGUCUGACAAGUCCCAGAACAAUUUAGUGUUUCGGGAACCAGUCAACGUCUUGUCAACCUACACAUUUGCAGGAGACCACAUGGGGGAGAUUCCGGUUGAAGAGACGCUGGAGGAAACUGUGUCUGGCUCCACAACACAGUCCAAUCCCUCUGCAGUACCCAUGUCAUCACUGUUAACAUCCAGCACAUCCUCCACAAAAUCUCUAACUGUCGUCUCAAAGAUGUCGGAAACACGCUCAGAAUCCACAGAUUCCUUGUUCCCACAAAAGUCUGCUGUGACAUCACUAACGAUGGAGCCUGCAGAAGAGUUCAUCUUUCCUAGCAUGAGUGACACAGAAAUCAGUUUUAAUGCCAGCAGGAAUGAGCUCCCUCCAACGCCGCGCUCCAAGCGCUUCCUGGAGGCCGUAGAAGCGUCUCCUGCUCCUGUAGCAACACGCAGUUUUCACCCGCCCUCUUCAGCAAAGAAGCUAAAACUCUCUUACCCAACAACCACAAUCUCAGAAAAGCUCGUCACGAGGUACGAGAAGAGAGCAGAUCUGGAUAACAAUGUCAGCUCUGAUUUGUCAGAUUCGUUCUGUAUCAUCCCAAAAAGUACAUCACAGACAACUCCAUCGCGUAGCUUAAGAGAGAUGUCUUUGAGAGACAUUUCCAACUGCUCAAGUCGCCUGGACAGUUCCACCCGCCUGGACACUUUCCAAACCCCGGUGGCUCAGAAAAGCUUGCUUGAUACAGAGAGUAUCUUUGAAACACCUCAGCAUUCAUUUGAGGAAGAAGAAAAUAGUGAAAACGUAUCGAAGGGGAAUGAUAGUGUGGAAGCAGUAGACCUCACACAACCUUCCUCCAGCAGCAGAUGUGUUAUUCUGUAAAAUCUAACAUUGGUGGUAAACUGAGCUACAUUUUUCUUCUAGCAGUUGUGUAUACAGAGCUUUUGUGUCUGACUUUUGUGCUACUGCGGUAGAAACACAUUCAUACAUGUGCAUGUAUACAUGUAUAUGGUAUGUGCAUGUAUACAUGUAUAUGGUAUGUGCAUGUAUUAUAUAUAGAGGCACAUGAGUGUCAUAUAUUCAGUUAAAAGUUAAAAGUUAAGAAAGCUGUCACAUGGUAGAGUGAUGUCAUUGCAUUGGAGAAUCUUCUUUUCAUGGUGAACGUGAGAGAACAGCUCACACAAAGUCCAGUAACCAUCAUGUGUGACUGUCUUUUUGCUUUCCUGCUGUUCAGAACCCCCACUGGCACCUCUGUGUGAGUCAGACCCCUCCCCACUCCCACUAGAUCCUCUUUGGUUCAGAGCCCCCUACCAGCAUAUCUCAGCUGGUGUCUUCACCUCUAACACAGAGGUACCCUUUUGUCAGGGUAAGUCUCUGGCAUGUAACAGAUGGAGAUCCAGCUUUUAGCACACACCAGAUUGCACAUAUACACUAUCAUUCUCAUUAUUUUAUUCAUGUGUUACAUUAUUGUAACAAGUAAGCGUAUUUUCAUGGUGUGAACAGUUCACAUGGUCCUUUCAAAGGGUGUGUAGUGUAGUGUAGUGUAGACUUGCAACUGUAAUUGUCAAGCCAGAUUUGUUCAUAAGUUUAUGAUAGUAACAUGGUAUUCUAUUCAUAUGUAUGCACAUGUAUAUUGUAACUGUAGUUUAUGUGUUAGAACUAUAGUGCUACAAUUUGACCAAGGUGUAUUGGGAUGUUGUUUAACAAUGGCUCUUAAGAUUUUGAGCAGUAAAUAGGACCAAUAGGAGGCAUGGUCAUUCACACCUGUACAGUCAUUACAAGUAUAUGUAUAUAAAUGUAGUUUGUCCAUACAGUGUGAGUUUGUGUGGAAUGGAUGUAAUCCAUGCUUACACAGUUUUGUAUCAUGAAUACAGGCCUGUGUGGCUUACACAGUUUUGUACCAUGAAUACAGGCCUGUGUGGCUUACACAGUUUUGUACCAUGAAUACAGGCCUGUGUGGCUUACACAGUUUUGUACCAUGAAUACAGGCCUGUGUGGCUUACACAGUUUUGUAUCAUGAAUACAGGCCUGUGUGGCUUACACAGUUUUGUAUCAUGAUUACAGGCCUGUGUCGCUUACACAGUUUUGUACCAUGAAUACAGACUAGCGUGGCUUACAGUUUACAGUUUUUACAGAUUUUUGUAUCAUGAAUGCAGGCUAGCAUGGCUUACAGAGUUUUGUAUCAUGAAUACAGGCUUCAGUGGCUUACACAGUUUUGUAUCACAAAUACCGUCAGGCUCUUCAACAGGCAGCUGUGUACAAAACUAGUUUUUGUUAUAACCUACCUGGUGGUAUGAAUAAAACUCAUCUUACAACAACUCA